AUGGCUCGCGCGAGCCGGCAUCGGCUACCUACAUCGAUCCUGUCUUUCUUGAUCCUACCACUCUUUACUCUACUCAUUAGUUUUGCUGGACCAGCCUCCGCCGCUGGAUCUGCCGUCAUCGGUAUUGAUAUCGGCACAGAAUAUUUCAAAUCAGCUCUAGUGAAGCCCGGCAUUCCCCUCGAGAUUGUGCUUAGCAAGGAUUCCAAGCGUAAAGAAUCAGCUGCUAUCGCCUUCAAGCCGACAAGAGAUAGUAGUGAACCUUUCCCUGAACGAUUUUACGGUGGAAAUGCUCUCGCCCUGGCGGCUCGGUACCCAGACGAUGUCUACAGCAACCUAAAGACGUUGUUGGGUUUACCUUUCAAUGUCGAUGAUGAGACAAUCAAAACUUACUGGAGCCGGUAUCCAGCCUUGAGACUUGAAAGUGCCCCCAAUGACCGCGGUUCUGUCGCUCUGCGCAGUAAUCGACUCGGAGAGGCAGAGAGAAAGGACGCAUUCUUGGUUGAAGAAAUUCUGGCCAUGCAAUUGAAGGAGGUCAAGGCCAAUGCGGAUGCAAUGGCUGGCAAGGGCUCGGACAUUCGUGAUGUCGUCAUCACGUAUCCAGCUUUCUACACUGCGGAGGAAAAGCGGAGCCUUGAACUGGCUGUCAAACUGGCGGGCCUCAACAUUGAGGCUCUUAUCAGUGAUGGCUUGGCUGUCGGACUGAACUACGCCACUGCCCGUACUUUCCCUAGCGUUUCAAAUGGCGAGAAGCCUGAGUAUCACGUUGUAUUCGAUAUGGGUGCUGGCUCGACUACCGCUAGUGUUUUGCGCUUCCAGAGUCGCCAAAUCAAGGACAUCGGCCGCUUCAACAAGACUAUCCAAGAGAUUCAUGUUCUUGGAGCAGGCUGGGAUAGGUCUCUUGGAGGUGACUCUCUGAACGAUCUUAUCGUCGACGAUAUAGUUGCCAAACUGGUCGAGGACAAGAAGCUCAAAGACAAAGUCACUCCUGAGCAAGUCAAGGCACAUGGAAAGACUAUGGCACGCAUCUGGAAAGACGCCGAAAGACUCCGACAGGUUCUCAGUGCCAACACGGAAACUUCCACUAGCUUUGAGGGAUUGUACGAUGAGGAUCUCAACUUCAAGUACAAGCUCAGCCGCGCUAACCUUGAAAAGAUGGCUGUCGGGCAUGCCGCUCGCAUUGAAAAGCCCUUACAGACUGCUCUUGAGGCUGCUGGACUGAAACUUAGUGACAUAGACUCUGUUGUUCUGCACGGAGGUGCCGUCAGAACUCCCUUUGUUCAAAAGGAGCUGGAAAGAAUCUGCGGAUCAUCUAAGAAAAUCCGCACCAAUGUCAAUGCCGAUGAGGCCGCUGUAUUUGGUGCUGCAUUCAAAGGUGCCGCCCUCAGCCCUAGUUUCCGCGUCAAGGAAAUCCGUGCCCAUGAUGCUGCCAUUUACCCUGUUAUCCUGAAGUGGGAAUCAGAUGGCAAACAGCGUAGCCAAAAGCUGUUCACCGCCACCUCGCAGGUUGGUCCUGAGAAACAGGUCACCAUCAAGAAUUUGGAUGACUUUGAGUUUAGCUUCUACCAGCAGAUUCAGCAGGAUGGGGAUGCUCUGCCGAUUCUUGGCGUUCAGACUCAGAACCUUACUGCCUCGGUCGCCAAGCUCAAGGAUACCUUUGGAUGCUCAGCUGCUAACAUCACGGCCAAAUUUUCAAUCCGCCUUAGUCCCGUUGAUGGUCUUCCUGAUGUCACUGGGGGCGACGUGAGCUGUGUUGUUGAGUUGGAGAAAAAAGGAAUUGUGGAAGACGUCAAGGGCUUCUUUGGUCUUGGUAAAAAAGAUCAGCAACAGCCAUUGGGUGAAGACAGCGAGCCUGCUGAAUCUAUCACUCUUGAGUCUGAAACAGAGUCAUCCACAACCUCUACUAGUGACGCUUCUACUACCACUUCCACCAAGGAAAGUGCGAAGGCCACUAUCCAGACUAAACUCGAGAUAAUUCCUAUUGGCUUGAAAUCAACAGUUCUUGGCACUCAGGAUCCAUCUUCAGCUGAAUGGGCUCGUAUUAACAGUCGUCUGACGGCCUUUGACGCCUCCGAUCGGGAUCGCGUUCUGCGUGAAGAAGCUCUCAAUGAACUUGAAUCCUUCGUCUAUCGCAGCCGCGAUUUGAUUGAGAGUGAAGAUUUUGCCAAGGCCAUCAAAGAAGACCAACUGGCUACCCUUCAGGACAAGGUUGCUAAGACCAGCGACUGGCUUUACGAAGACAGCGACAACGCUAAGACAGCCGACUUCCAGUCUAAGCUCAAAGAGCUAAAGUCCAUUGUCAACCCAGCUCUGAAGCGCAUCAAGGAAACUACCAAUCGGCCUGCACGUGUGGCUCUCCUGCAGGACACGCUUAAGAACGCUGAAUCCAUGAAGCAGUUGAUUGAAAGUCAGAUUGAAAUCGAUCAGCAGGCUUACUCAUCUGAGUCAGCUUCUAGCACAUCGACCACCGAGGAGUCAGUGUCUUCCAGUCCAACCCCGGCCGCCUCUUCGGAUCCCCUGGAUGAUCUUGACGAUGACUCGUACUCGACAUCUGCAUCCUCCAAGAGCACCACCAAGUCCACCGCCCCGGCCAAACCUACCGGACCCAAGUACACGCUCUUCACUCCUGCCGAUCUUACCUCAUUGACAUUGGUCUACGAGUCUACCAAGCCCUGGCUGGAAACCCAGCUUUCGGUCCAGGCCACGCUCACAGAAUCAGAUGAUCCAGCCCUCACAGUCAUGGAGAUCGACAACCGUCUGCGUGAGUUUGACCGUAUCUUGAACCGCAUGUACGAGCGCAUGACUGCCGCCACAGGCCAAAAGACCAAAAAGACCAGCGGAACCAAGAAGGACAAGAAGGAGAAGAAGGAGAAGAAGGAGAAGAAGCCCGAAGUAGACAAAAAAGAGGAAGAGAAAGAGAAGGCCAAGACUUUCCCGGAAGAUGAGCGAAAGGAUGAGCUCUAG